ACACUCAUCCACAUAGACUCGAAUUCGCAUACAAAUACAAAGAGAGAGGAGCUGGCCGAGAGAAAGAGAGAGUGACGAGCGAGAGAGAGAGCGGAGUGCUGGGGGACGCAAUCGGUGGACAAUCGACACAUUCGCCAAAAAAAAAAGAACACUCGACGACCACAUCCGCCAGAGCUUCACACUGCAUCGGAUCGUUGGAGUCUAGCACCGGAUUUAGUGAGAAGGAAUCAGCGUUGGAAUCAUGGCCUGGCGUUUCAAGGCAUCCAAAUACAAAAAUGCCGCACCCAUCGUACCCAAGGCGGAGGCCUGUGUACGGGAGAUAUGUGUCGGCAGUUAUCAGACUUAUGGUAAUAACAUUGCCGCAUCGGCCGCCUUUAUGGCCUUCAACUGGGAGCACACGGGCUCCAGUGUGGCGGUCCUGCCGCUGGACGAUUGCGGCCGGAAGAGCAAGACCAUGCCCCUCCUCCAUGGUCAUACGGACACAGUGACAGACUUGAAAUUUUCACCAUUCCAUGAUGGUCUAUUGGCCACAGCGUCGCAGGAUUGCCUGGUAAAGAUCUGGCAUAUUCCGGAAAAGGGUCUGGAGCAGUCACUGUCCGAUCCGGAGGCGGUCUUCUCACACAAGCAGCGGCGCGUUGAGACGGUGGGCUUCCAUCCCACAGCCGACGGACUAAUGUAUUCCACGGCAGCCGGUUGUGUGGCUCUCUUCGAUCUCAGUGCCCAAAAGGAGAUAUUCUCUAACAAUGAACAUCCGGAGGUCAUACAGUCGGCCAGUUGGCGCGAGGAUGGCUCUAUUUUGGCCACCAGUUGCAAGGACAAGUGUGUCCGCAUCUUUGAUCCUCGCGCCGCCGGCUCACCCAUCCAGCUGACGGCCGAAUCGCAUCAGAGCAUCAAGGAUUCAAGGGUCGUUUGGCUGGGCAAUCAGUCGCGCAUCCUCACCACCGGCUUCGAUGCCGCUCGACUGCGUCAGGUGAUCAUCCGGGAUGUUCGUAACUUCAACAUACCGGAGAAGACGCUGGAAUUGGACUGCUCGACGGGUAUACUGAUGCCACUGUUCGAUCCGGACACUAAUAUGCUCUUCCUGGCCGGAAAGGGUGACACAACCAUUAACUAUCUUGAAAUUACGGACAAGGAUCCGUAUCUGAUCGAGGGACUGCGUCACACCGGCGAGCAAACCAAGGGUGCCUGUCUGGUGCCGAAGCGUGCCCUUAAAGUGAUGGAGGCGGAGGUGAAUCGUGUACUCCAGCUGACCUCCAACAUGGUCAUCCCAAUUAUGUACCAGGUGCCAAGGAAGACAUACCGUGAUUUCCAUGCCGAUCUCUAUCCGGAGACCACGGGCUACAAGACCGAUCUUGUGGCCGGGGAGUGGCUGAACGGCAGCAACCAGCCGGUGCCCAAGAUGAGUCUCGAUCCUGUCAAGCGUGAGCACGGCGAUGAGCCAAUAAUCAUCCAUAGGGGCAAUCUCAGUGACCUGGUCAAGAACCUGGAGAACCUUCGAUCGAAGGGAACUGGAACUGGCAAGGCAGUGACUCCCGGCAAGCGCAACGACAACGACCACUUUGUGAUGCUCAGCAUGGAGAAGAACGGGAAUGACAACGGCAACGACCAGACCAAUGGCCAGAAGAAGACCGCCACAACGCCAUCAUCCCAGCCGGACGGUGAGUGCAGUGAGCUCAUCCGGAAGUUUGAGGCCAAAUACAAGGUGGACUCGGAAAAGGAGAAGGCCAAUGCCGGCGGCCAAGCCCAUGGCCAGUCCCAGGAGGGUGAUAAGGAAUCGCCCACCGAUCAGGAGCAUUCAACGGGCAGCAGCGAGGAGGCCUCAUCCUCGGGGGGAUUGGAUAAUACGGUGUCGGGUGGCAAUUCACCGCCCAAGCCCAUGCCGCGCACCUCACGCAACAAUUCCCUGCCGGAGGCAAGCGAUUCCGCUGGCGAGAGCGGUAGUGGAGCAGCCACGCCCCGUCCCCGGCCGCGCACAACAGCUGCGUCCGCGUACAAGCCACGUCUGGGACCGAAACCCUUCUCCAGCACCACCGGUGACGUGUCGUUCGACAAGGUCUUUGCCGUCCCCCUGGCACCGGGCUCUCACGAGAACAUCUCUAGCGUGGGCCAGGACACGGGUGUGGACAUCAUUCCCCCGGCCCAGGGUGCCAAGCCCGAUCUCAUUGUGGAGAUCGAAAUCAAGAAGAAACACGAAAGAGAACCACCAGUGGCUGGGAACGGAGUACAGAAGUCACUGACCACCUCGGAGCGUCGCAAGUCCUCGGCCGACGAUGAUGAAUCAUCCGAUAAGAUCUUCGAGCAGAACUCAGAGUCGUCGGAGAACUCCACGGAGAGCGAGGAUCGUGCAGAUGCUGCCGAUCUGCGAAGGCUAUCCACAGCCCGGAGCAGCAUUGCUGAUCGGCGGCGUCUCUAUGAGAGUCGUUCCAAGAGCCAGGUGGACGAGAAGGCCCAGUCGCCAGUGCCAUUACGUCGGGAGCACUCCAAGGUGGAGAUGCUAAAGCCCGCCUUGCAGCAGCAACAGCCGGGCAACGUCAUCGACACCAAACGCAUCUCUGUGCCGGAGGGUAAGCUGCUGGAGGAGCAUCGUCGCGGCAAUGGCUCCGCCGCUGGACUGAAAAAGUCCGCCACGGAUACGGCUUUCAGUGCCGCCAGCACCAAGCGCACCUCCACCGUGUUCGGCAAGGUGUCCAAGUUCCGCCACCUGAAGGGAACUCCUGGCCACAAGUCGACGCACAUCGAGAACUUGCGCAAUCUCAGUCGCCAGAUACCGGGCGAAUGCAAUGGCUUCCAUGCCAACCAGGAGCGCGUUGCUGUUCCACUAUCGGGACCCGGCGGCAAGAUUGCCAUUUUCGAGCUGAGCCGUCCGGGCCGAUUGCCGGACGGUGUGAUCCCCUCGUUGGUUAAUGGCGGCAAUAUUAUGGACUUCCAGUGGGAUCCGUUCAAUGCCCAUCGCUUGGCGGUGGCCUGUGACGAUGGCAUCGUCAAGAUCUGGCAUAUUGCCGCCGGCGGACUGACUGAACCGACCAAUACACCCGCCGGGGAGUUGACGGCCCACAUGGACAAGAUUUACUUCAUUCGCUUCCAUCCCCUAGCCGCCGACGUCCUGCUGACCGCCAGCUACGACAUGACCAUCAAGCUGUGGGACUUGAACACCAUGACCGAGAGGAUCUCGCUGUCGGGCCAUACGGACCAUCAGAUCUUUGACUUUGCCUGGAGUCCGUGCGGACGUUUGGGCGCCACUGUCUGCAAGGAUGGCAAGAUUCGGGUCUACAAUCCCCGCAAAUCGGAGACCCCCAUCCGGGAGGGCAAUGGCCCGGUUGGAACGCGUGGUGCUAGGAUUACUUGGGCGCUCGAUGGCCAGUAUAUCGUCUGCACCGGCUUUGACAAGGUCUCGGAGCGACAGAUUAGCGUUUAUAAUGCCCAGAAGUUGUCGGCGCCCUUGAAAACGACCAGCUUGGAUGUAUCGCCCUCGAUCCUGAUCCCCUUCUAUGACGAGGAUAGCUCCACACUGUUCGUCACCGGCAAGGGCGAUUCCACCAUCUACUGCUACGAGAUCACCGACGAGGAACCGUACAUCUGCCCGCUGUCGCAUCAUCGUUGCACUUCGCUGCACCAGGGCCUCAGCUUCCUCACCAAGAACCACUGCGAUGUGGCCAGUGUGGAGUUCUCCAAGGCCUAUCGGCUAACCAAUACCACCAUUGAGCCACUCAGCUUCACAGUGCCGCGAAUUAAGAGUGAACUCUUCCAAGACGAUCUUUUCCCACCCACCCGCAUCACCUGGAGCGCCACAAUGAGUGCCGAGGAUUGGUUCUCCAGCAACGACAAGGCAGCCCCGAAAGUUAGCCUAAAGCCCGAAGGCAUGGAGACGCUGUCCUCCAUCCAGCAAGUGACAGUACAGCCCAUCAAGAAGACGGAUCACUCUCACUUUGGGGGUCAGAAAUCCGAGUACGAGAGUAACAAGCAACAGGAGAUCCAGAAAUCGGUUAGUGCGCGCAUGGAGUUCACCACGAAACUGGAGCAGGACGACAUGGAGGGCGUGGACGAGAACGAGUGGCAGGAGUAGCGGUUGAGGUCACAGUUCACAAUUUAGACUAUAACUUAAAACAACAACAACAACAACAACAAAAGCAAAACAUCAUAUAACUGGGAGUAAAAUAUUUUUUUUUUUUUUACAAAACUUUUACAUGACAUGACUAAAAAAAAAAAAAUAUACGCAAAUAUAUAAUUGCGUAAUUAAGCUGAAACUUAAAAAAAAAAAAACAGGACCUUACACACACA